AUGGCGAAGAAGUCUAAGUCAAAAACAGAACAAGCAUCAAUUUCCACAACAACUUUAAACUCAACUUCCUCCAAUUCCAAGAAGAAAAAUGAUAAAAAUUCAUCAUCACCUACUCCAAAUGAUGAUAUAAAAAAACCAUCACGAGGUUUAGUCAUUGGUGAAAAUUUUGGUUGGACUGGGAAAUUACCAGUUACAUUAUUGAAUGAACAUGUUCAAAAACAAAAAUGGAAUAAAGUUCAAUAUGAUAUGAUAAAAAGGUCUCAAGGUUUUAUUGGAAUAUUUACCUUAUCUUGGGAAAAUCCUAAAACCAAGGAAACAUUAUCAAUUAAAUUUCAACCUCAAUAUCAACCCAAACAAACAACUAAUGAAGCAAGACAUAUGACUGCUACAUACGUUCUACAUAGAAUUAAUUAUAUAAAAAAUAUGAAAAUGUUAUUACCUUUAAUAUUUAGAGAUUAUUGGAAUGAAUUAGAAAUUGAAAGAUUAAAAACUUUGAAGGAAAAUAAAUUAAAACAUGAUAAAAUUUAUAAUAUUAAUCCUUUCGUUGUGUUAUUAGAACAACAAGAUAUACAAGCGAAAUUAGAAAAAGAAAAAGAAAAUCAAAAAAAUCAAAAUUUAAAAGUCCAAAAACCUGUAAUUAGUUUAGGUCAAAAUAAUAAUCAUGUAGAUAGCAGGUCUACCACCACUAAACCUAUACGAAGUGCUUUUUCUCCAAAAGUAUGGGAAAAUGCUUGUAUGUUUGAUAUACCAUCAGAUAUUAGGUUAGAUAUUGAAAAUUCAGUUAAAGAAUUAUUGGAAUGGAAUAAUGAAAAAAUUAAUGAAUCAAAAAAUAUAGAUCAAGAAAUAGUUAACAAACUAAUUUUUUUGGGCUUUAGAGAGAGUCAUGUUUUAGAAUCAUUAAAUUAUACAUCAUCAACUUUCAUAGAUUCAUUAGAAUGGUUAAUCUUUCAUAUACCUGAAGAUGAUUUACCUCCAUUAUUUUCAAAAUCAAAUAAAGAUUCAGAUGUAAUUUUCACAAUAUCACAAAAUUUAAAGACCGAGCUAGCUUUGAAGAGAUUAAAAAAUUCAGGAUUUGAUAAUGAUGACAUUUUAAAAAUUUUUAAAGAAAAUAAUGAAAAUGAAUUUGAAACAAGUAUAAAAUUAACUCAACUACUAUCUACAAAACCACAUUUGGAAGAAACUGUAGAAGAUGGUCAAGUAUUAUGGGAUCAAGAAAUAGAAGCAUUACAACUGACUCAUGAUAUAAAGUAUAACGAUAAUGAAAAAAAUGUAGUUACAAUACCAUUGAACCCAGAAGGUAUUAAUGAAUCAAAAGCAAUAAGUGUAAAAAUAUUUAAAAGUUCAAAUUAUCCAAAUGAAAUUCCAGGAAUUCAAUUAAUUUUAUCUGAAAAUUAUAAUUUAGCAAAUUAUAUUAAAAUUUCAAUAAUUGGAAAUUUAAUUAAUCAAUUAUAUUUUGGUGAAUGUAUGAUUUUUUCAAUUAUUGAAUGGUUAGAAAUUAAUAUUAUUAAAAUCAUACAAAAUCCUGGACCUUUAAUGAUUUAUGAUAAAAACGAAAAGUCAAAUAAAGAUGUUAGCAUUGAGACUACUGCUAAUAAGAAGUUGAGAAAUAAUAAAAGAAAUAUCAAACAAGAUAUAGGAUUUAUCAAAUCUUCAUACAUCAACAGAAAACAAUUACUACAAAAACUGAUUGAAGAAAGACGGAAAUUACCAGCAUGGAAUAAAAAAGAUCAAUUAAUAAAAUUAAUUAAUAAUAAUCAAAUUACUUUAAUUACUGGUGAAACCGGAUCAGGUAAAUCAACUCAAAUUGUACAAUUUAUAUUAGAUGAUUUAAAUGCAAAGGGAGAUUUUUCAUCAACUAUAUUAUGUACUCAACCAAGAAGAAUAUCAGCUAUUGGAUUAGCUAGUAGAGUUUCUGAAGAAAGAAAUGAUACUAUUGGUGAUGAAAUUGGUUAUAUGAUUCGUGGAGAAUCAAAAACAACUUCAAAUACAAGAAUUACUUUUUUAACUACUGGUAUAUUAUUAAGAAUGUUUCAAAAUUUAUCUAACACCGACGAAGAUUCAAAUUUUUUUAAAAAUUUAAAAUGUUUAUUUAUUGAUGAAGUUCAUGAAAGAUCAGUUGAUGGAGAUUUCUUGUUGAUAAUGUUAAAAAAUUUAUUAAAAAAAUUUAAAAAUUUAAAAAUUAUAUUAAUGUCAGCUACUAUAAAAUUAGAUAAAUUUAAUAAAUUUUUUAAUCAAACAUUGAAUCAUGAACAUAUUGAAGGUAGAACUUUUCCAAUAAAAGAUAUUUAUUUAGAUGAAAUUUUAGAUAGUUUAAAUUAUAAAAUGGAAAUUGGUGGGGAAUUAAUUAAACCAAGAUCAGAUUCUACUUUUUUCAAUAAAGGAAAUAUAAAUUAUGAUUUAAUAGCUAAGUUGGUUGUGUAUAUUGAUAAACAAUUACAAAUUGAGAAUAAUAAUGGAUCAAUUUUAAUCUUUCUACCUGGUGUACCUGAAAUAAAUAAAGCUAUACGAGAAAUAAGUCAUGAAUUAUCAAAUUCCUGGAUACUACCAUUACAUUCAUCAUUAUCAUCACAAGAUCAAAAAAAAGUAUUCAAAUCACCCCCGUCAGGGUUAAGAAAAAUAGUAGUAUCUACAAAUAUUGCAGAAACUUCUAUAACGAUUCCAGAUUGUGUAGUUGUUAUUGAUUCAGGUAGAUCAAAAUCAAUGUAUUUUGAUAAUCAAUUAAAUUCAACUAAAUUAAUUGAAGAAUGGUGUUCAAAAGCUGAAAUAAAACAAAGAAGAGGUAGAUCUGGUCGUGUUACUAAAGGUAUAUGUUAUCAUUUAUACACCACCGAAAUUGAAAAUUCAAUGCUUUUAGAACCAAUACCUGAAAUUAAAAGAAUUAGAUUAGAAAAUUUAUAUUUAAUAGUUAAAUCAAUGGGUAUAAAUAAUGUUGAAUCAUUUAUUAAAAGUGGAUUAGAUUCACCUGAUUCUACUUCAUUAGAAAUUGCAAAACAACAUUUGAUAAAUAUCGGUGCUUUAAAUGAUGAAUCUUUAACUAACUUAGGUAAAUAUCUUUCAUUUUUACCAACUGAUACAAAUACUGGAAAAUUAUUGAUUUUAGGUUGUAUAUUUGGAUGUUUAGAUUAUUGUUCAACUUUAGCUGCGAUAAAUUCAAUAGGUAAUAUUUUCCAAUAUAAUUUGGAAAAUAGAGAUAAAAUUAAAAAUAUAAUGAAUAAAUAUUCUGAUAAUCAAGGUGAUUUGAUUGCAAUGACUAAUUUAUAUUAUGAAUAUUGUAAUAAUAAAAAUCUGAAUAAAAAAUUUAUAAAUGAUAAUUAUUUAUCUUAUAAUGCUUUAAAAGAUAUUAAAACAACAAAAUCUCAAUAUAAGCAAUUAUUACUAGAAUUUGGAUUUUUUAAAGAACAAAAUGUAAGUGGAAAACCAAAUUAUAAUUUAAUUAAAGCAAUAAUUGCUGGUUCAUUUUAUCCAAAUAUUGCAAGAGUUCAAUUACCUAAUAAAAAAUUUAUAAAAUCUUCACAGGGUUCAUUAGAAAUUGAUCCAGAUGCUAAAUUAAUUAAAUAUUGGAUUAAAAAUGAUCAUAAAAAUGAUGAAAGUGAUAAUAAUAAUUUACCAGCUUCAAGAGUAUUUAUUCAUCCUUCAUCAAUAUUUUUUGAUACAAGUAAUAAAAAUUUUGAAAUUGAUGAAACAACUUUAGUUGAUGAAUUUGGUAAUUUAGAUUUUGAAAAAGCAAAACUGAUAACUACUAAUAGUUCAAAUCAAUCAAAUCCAUUAAAAUUCCCAUUUAUUUCAUUUAGAUCAUCACAUUUUUCUUCAAAAUUAUAUAUUAGAGAUAUAACUCCGUUAAAUAUAUUAUCUACAUUAUUAUUUGGUGGUAAAUUUGAUUAUGAUUUAAGUUCAAGUAAUGGUAUACCUUCAAAGGGGAUAAUUUUAGAUCAAUGGUUACCUAUUAGAACUUGGUGUAAAAAUGGUGUAUUAAUUAAACAAUUAAGAAAAUUAUUAGAUAAUGUUAUUGAUGAUAAAUUAUCUCAAUCUAAACAACAGCUGUUGCUGAAUCUGAAUGAUGAUCAUGUUAUUGAUAUUAUUGUAAAAAUUUUAUCUUUAUAG